GGUGACCCUCCAAGCCAGAAUGUUCCUCAAACAAUACAUCAUUGAUGAAAAACAUAAUUAAUAUUGAUUAUGAUUAUGGAACACAUGUGACAACGUAAGAUGUUUCCGAAAUCUCAUUGGAUUCAGAAUAAUUGUGAAUAGCAAAGAUGCAUCAGCCUCUCUCUUUCAGCUCCACAUCCAGAGUUGGUCACUCUUGUUGGAGGUCCUGGACUCUUGGCACAGGUUGUGCUGAAUCAUGGGAUAUGGAACAAAGCGUGGCUGGGCGAAAACUGACAACUAAUGAAAUAACUUUGUGGGGUAUCAAAAGAAAAGGGAGGGGAGGAUGGCCAGGGUGAGGAUGUUUGGCUGGUACUUCUUCAGCCCUCCCAGUGCCAGCUGGUCAGCCUAUUAGGACCUGAAUAUGAGCGUGUUCUGGACAGAGACAUGUUUUGGCAGUGUUUCCGCCCCUGAGCUUGCGGUAUAUAUUGAGCCGCUCAUGCCACCCCACAGCGACUGGCACAUCCCGGAGCUGCUCAUCACACCCAUCCUGGUUCAUUAUGGCAACUGAUCACCAGAACCCUGCAACCAAGCAAAAACAACCAGUUGCCAGUAACUUCAAGUUGGUCAUCUACGAACAGGAAAACUUUCAAGGCCGCUGUCAUGAGCUGACUGGGCCCUGUAACAACAUCCAGGAGGCGGACGUGGCGAAAGUGGGCUCAAUACUGGUGCUGUGUGGACCGUGGGUGGGAUAUGAGCAGCCCGGCUGUAAGGGGGAACAGUAUGUGUUUGAGAAGGGUGAGUAUCCUCGCUGGGACGCCUGGACCAACAGCAGACGCAGUGACUGCAUCGUCGCCUUCCGCCCCAUCAAAGUGGACAGCCAGGAACACAAGAUCGUACUCUAUGAGAACCCAAGCUUCGCUGGGAAGAAGAUUGAGAUCAUAGAUGAUGAUGUUCCCAGCUUCCACGCUCAUGGAUACCAUGAGAAAGUCUCUUCAGUUCGUGUGCAGAGUGGCACCUGGGUGGGCUAUCAGUACCCAGGAUACAGAGGCUACCAGUACUUGUUUGAGAAAGGAGAGUUUAAGGAGUGUUCUGAGUUUGGGGCCGCGAUGCCUCAGAUCCAGUCCGUGAGGCGCAUCCGUGACAUGCAGUAUCACCCAAGAGGGGCCUUCCAACCCUCCACCUAAGUUCCCAGCACUUCUCCUCAAACCCUAAAGCUUCUGAGACGCCCCAUCCUUUCCUUACUCUUCACCUCUGAAUGCUUAUCUUUGACUCUUUCAGUUGUGUCAGUGAUUCCAUUUGCUACUGCUGAGAAAUAAAUAAGUGAUUUUGCGUUAUGAAUGUUUCUGAGCUUUUAUUUGGGCAUUCACUGUUGGACUUUUUAGAAAUCUAUAGCUG